UCAAAAUCAACUCGAAAUAAUUAUUAUUUGUUUAAUGAUAAUUAUGAAUUAAAUAUCGUCGAAUAAAAGUAAAUAUGAGUGUUAAUAAAACCCAGGGGCCGUUGUACGACCCUGGCCUGUGCAGAUGUUGUGGAAAUAUAAAAAAAUGUCGUAUUUUAAACGUCGAAUAUACUCAUCAGGGUCAAAAGGAGACAUAUUCAGAUUUGUUUGUUGAUUGUUUUGGUUUAUUGCUGUCCCAACUGGACGGGGAGCCAACAGAAAGGCUGAUAUGUGCUACUUGUGUCACAAGAUUGCGAGAGGCCAACUGUUUUAGACUGCAAGUGCUGCAGUGUGAGGAGAGACUGCUGACAACGAAAAUCAAUGGGUUUGAUAAUGAUGAUCAAGAAAAAGAUAUAAAAUGCGACACGGUUAUCAAGGAAGAAGUGAAUAUAUUGAUUGAGCCCGAAUAUGACGCGGAGCCGAUGGACGAUCACCAUACGGAUGAAGAGAAACCAUUAAUAACGAGAAAGAAGAGAAAACUAAAGAAACUACGCAAGCGCAAGAGAGAGCCGGCAGAUGUGACGGAGGAGAUGCUCGCCGAGAUGCAGCGCAUGAGCGAGAAGCUAGAAGAGAUGCAGUACGUUGAACCGCCUCCACAGAAACCGGAGAAAAAAUCCAGUGAAGACAUAAAGGCAUUCGCGAACGUUAUAACAAUCGUCGAAAAUUCAUAUGUCUGCCCCUUCGACACGUCGUUCAGCGACUACUUCUGUAUAUACUGUAGGCGUGUGUUCACGGACCCUAAGAAAUUGAGGGAACACACGCUUACACACGACCCGAACACGUUCAAAGACGUGCUGUCAAACUAUACGAACAAUAAAAAGAUUCAAAUUGACAUUGACAGGAUAGACUGCCGUCUAUGCCCGGAAGUGAUAACUGACAUUGACGUUUUCAAACGUCACGUGACGUCACACGGGAAGGAGGUGCACGAGGCGCCGAACGAGUUUCUAAAAUUCAAACUCACUUCCGGCACGCUGCACUGCCUCGAGUGCGGCAACGCGUUCAGCUUCUUUCACGCGCUGAAAAAGCACAUGGCGGAGCAUUUCGGCACGUGCAUUUGCGACGUUUGCGGCGCGCACUAUUUCGAGGAGCGGAUGCUGGUACUGCAUCAGAAAACCCACAAGCCGAUAGACGAAGUGUUCAACUGCAAGGAGUGCGGGAAGAAUUUCAAAUCGAAGUACACUAGGUACAUACAUAUCGCGCGCAAUCACAAAAAGGAGGCAGCGUAUCAGUGUAGCAAGUGCGACGAGGUGUUUUUCUCAUACACCCUCCGGUAUCGGCACAUGAUCGAAUACCACGGGGAAGAGAGGCUGUUCAAAUGCGACCAGUGCGACAGAACGUAUGACAGUCGCAAGUCGCUCAGAGAGCAUAACAGACGGUUCCACUUGAAGAUCCUCAAACACGAGUGUCACUUGUGCGACAAACGCUUCUAUUUGCCGUCGAGGUUGAAAGAGCAUCUGGCCAGCCACACGGGCGAGCGGAAUUUCCGUUGCGAGUUCUGCGGGAAGAGUUAUCCGCGGUUGCGCGGCCUGAAAGUGCAUAUGCAGUCGCAUAAUAGUGAAAAGAAGUUCAAAUGUGCGAUGUGCAACGCUUCGUUCACGCAAAAUGUCAAUUUGAAAAAUCAUGUUAAGCGGCAACACCAAGGUUUAGAUGUCAGUGAGGGUUACCAAGAUUGUGCGUAUAUCUAUAAUAUGAGUGUGAAAAAGGGCAAAGGUCCUGUGUUUGAUCCUGGAAUGUGUCGGUGUUGUGGUACGUUGAAGAAAUGUAGGGUUCUUAACGUUGAAUACGAAAGUUUGGGCAAAAAGGAAGUAUAUUCGGAUAUGAUAAUGGAUUGUUUCGGUUUAUUGCUAUCGCACUUAGACGAUGUACCCUCGGACCGGCUGGUGUGCGCCGCCUGCGUGCACAGGAUACGCGAUGCAUACGCAUUUCGACAGCAAAUCCUACGCUGCGAAGAGGCGUUCCUACAAGCGAAGAUUUAUGAUGAAGAUGACCAACCGCUGAAGCCACCAGAGAAAUUGGAAAUUAAACUGGAACCGAUGGCGGAAGACGAGUCGCGACCGGCCACGCCGCUGGUGGAUGCCCUUGAUGAUCCGCCUUGCGACAUAAAAACCGAAAACCCACUCAGUGAGAAACCGCAAGAGCGAGACAAAGUGACAAAUGAUGUUCCAGCGGAGAAGCCACUCGCUCGAGUGCCCGCGAAGGGCUGCGAUGAGUUUGUGAGGUGGAAAGCGGCGACACCGGUGCAGAAACCUAACAUAUCAAUGUCGACGCUCCAGCAGCGGAUGCGCGAGCGCGACCCGAGCUACAUGAAGGACACGAACAUAUCGACGCUCGUCGAGUUCUCGUACGUGUGCCCGUUCAAGUGUCGGCACAACAACCUGCUCUGCUACUACUGCGGCGAGUGCUUCGCGGACCCGCAGCUGAUGCGCGACCACACCCACGGCCGGCACAGCCCGCGCAAGUUCCGCGUGGUCGAGAACAAGAGCAUGAUCAAGGUGGACCUGACGCGCAUCGACUGCCGGCUCUGCGCCGCGCGCAUCACCAGCCUCGACGAGUUCGUGCGCCACAUCACCGGCGUGCACCGGAAGCGCUACUACACCGGCGUCAGGCAGUGGGUGCUGCCGUUCCGGCUGCUGAAGGACGAGGUGAAGUGCGCGCUGUGCGAUCAGCCGUUCCCGUACUUCCACGCGCUGAACAAGCACAUGAACGUGCACUUCAGCAACUACGUGUGCGAGACGUGCGGGCUGGGCUUCGUGGACCGCGGGCGGUUCAUCAUGCACCAGCAGCGGCACGACGAGGGCAGGGAGCACCCGUGCGAGAUAUGCGGCAAGGUGUUCCGCGCGGCGUACAACAAGGACCUGCACGUGGACCGGGUGCACAACAAACGCGGCAGGGUGUACUGCCCCAAGUGCGACGUGAGACUGAUGACGUACCCCCAGAAGCUGAAGCACCUGGUGGAGGUGCACGGGGAGCAGCCGCUGUCGUUCCCGUGCAGCGUGUGCGAUAAAGUGUUCGAGACCAGGCGCAUGCUGACCAUACACAGGCGGAAGGACCAUCUGAAGGACUACAGAUACGAAUGCCAAUGCUGCGGGCAGAAGUUCUUCACGCGUUUCGCCCUGAACAACCACAUGCCGACGCACACCGGCGAGCGGAACUUCAAGUGCAAGGUGUGCGAGAAGUCGUACCCGCGCCUCAAGACGCUGAAGGACCACCUGCGGAUCCACACCAACGACCGCCGCUACAGGUGCCACGUGUGCGGCCAGGCCUUCAUACAGAACUGCAGCCUGAAGGGCCACAUGAAGAGCCAGCACCCGGAGUACAGCUAGAGAUGGGGGGGGGGAUCGUGAAAGUGGUUCUUGAAUU